AUGAUUCAGCACAGCCGCAGUGCCAGCUGGUUGCCAGCUACCAGGCGCUUGCCGGAGCCAGAGCGCAAAAGAAUCCUCGUUACUGGCGGUGCCGGAUUUGUCGGGUCACACCUCGUUGAUCGGCUGCUCCUCAUGGGGCAUGAUGUCAUUGUCAUGGACUCGUUUCUCACAGGAGCGAGAUCAAAUUUGGAGCAAUGGGAGGGUCAUCGAUCCUUUGAGCUCCUUAGACACGAUGUCAUCGAGCCAAUCUUGGUUGAAGUGGACCAAAUUUACCAUCUAGCUUGCCCUGCCUCUCCUCGGCACUACCAAGCCAACCCCAUCAAGACGCUCAAGACGAACUUUCUGGGGACUUCUAACAUGCUCGGAUUGGCCAAGCGCACAAAGUCCACACUGCUGUUAGCGAGCACGUCGGAAGUGUAUGGCGAUCCUCAGAUCAACCCCCAGCGUGAGGACUACUGCGGCAAUACGAGCUGCGUUGGGCCUCGAGCUGCAUACGACGAAGGAAAACGCGUAGCGGAAACGCUCACCAACGAGUAUAUGAAAAAGGACGGCGUGGAUACGAGAAUCGCGCGCAUUUUUAACACUUAUGGACCGCGCAUGCAUGCUGCGGAUGGGCGCGUGGUUAGCAACUUUGUCAUUCAAGCGCUCAAAGGUUUGCCGCUUACAGUGUAUGGGGAUGGAAUUCAAACGCGAAGCUUCUGCUUCAUUCAUGACCUGAUCGACGGCCUGAUAGCGCUGAUGAAUGUCCAUCCUGGUGAAGAGGGCAAGGAUAUACACUUUCCGGUCAAUUUGGGAUCCUCUUUCGAAUUCACGAUCGCGGAGCUAGCAACCAUCGUGGCAGAGGUGGUGGAUGAGCUGCUGGCAGAGGAGCGACCAAACACGGAGAUAAGGUAUCUUCCUCUUCCUAUUGACGAUCCCAAGCAGCGACGACCCGACACAACUAGAGCAGAAGGUCUCAUCGGCUGGAACCCGAGGUGGAAGCUUAAAGACGGACUUCGGGAAAUGGCUGCCUACUAUCACGCCCGCAUCCUGGACGGCUCUCUGUAA